CGGCAAAUAGACCUCCUCCUUAAGGACGUCGAUACUGUGGACGCCUAUUGCGAUAACGUUGUUAUUGGAAGCUACGACUUCGGUAUUGCUAACGGCUACCUUUCCUAUCUUCGUGCUAUAUUCGAAGCCCUAUAUAAGCGUAAUAUCUCUAUUGGCCCUAACAAAUCAUUUAUCGCGUUCCCUAGCGCUACAGUUCUUAGCCAAAUAGUCAACAGUAUAGGCAUGUCCACUAUAGCCGAAAGGCUAGUAGCGAUUACUGUGCUAGAGUUCCUACGUACCCUUAAAGACCUCGAGUACUUUAUCGGCGCUACCGGCUUUAUAUAG